ACCACCCCGGGACUGUGUAAAAUGGCAGACAGGGAUUAAGAAGCCUAGGGAAAACAAAUCAAAACCAAUUUCAAACAGGGCAAAAGGACAGUACUAAGUUAGGUAACCUGUCCCUCUGUUCUAACUAAAUCUUAAAAAAACCAUUUCUUUAACCCAAAUUACCAAAGUCAGAUCCAAGAUUUCUCAAAUCUCUUCCCUAUAAACCUCUAAAAACUCAUAUUUGACCAUUUCUACAUACACCCUUUUCAGUUUUACUGAAUCUUGGUCUCAUGUCUUGUUCAAUAUUUAUGCUCUUAUUGGCUCUAUUAUUUAUUUCAACCUUGCAACAAUCUACUGGAUCUCAACGUGGUAUUCUUCGUGUGAUUAGUAGUAAACAAGAUGGUGAAAAACCUGAUUUUGCUGUUGAAUUAAAUGCAACCAACUUUGAUUCAGUGCUUAAAGAUACACCUGCCCCUUAUGCCAUUGUUGAAUUCUUUGCACACUGGUGCCCUGCUUGCAGAAAUUAUAAGCCACAAUAUGAAAAGGUUGCAAGACUCUUCAAUGGAGCAGAUGCCAGUCAUCCCGGAAUCGUAUUAAUGACGAGAGUUGACUGUGCAUUGACGAUAAAUUCUAAUCUUUGUGAUAAGUUCUCUGUGAGGCAUUACCCCAUGCUUCUCUGGGGCCCUCCUAAGAAGUUUGUUGGUAGUGGUUGGGAUCCAAAACAAGAAAAUAGUGAAAUACGCUCCAUUGAAAAUGGACGCACAGCUGAUAUCUUGCUAGGCUGGAUCAACAAACAACUGGGAAGCUCAUAUGGCUUCGAUGAUGGGAAGUAUGAGAAUGAGCAUCUUCAGAGGAACUUUUCGGAUCCUGCUCAGAUUGCCAAAGCUAUAUAUGACGUUGAGGAGGCAACAUCUACUGUCUUUGGCAUUAUUCUAGACCUCAAAAUGAUUAAAUCGGGGACGAGGGCCUCACUUAUAAAAUUCCUUCAACUUUUGGUGGCUCAUCAUCCUUCGAAGAGGUGCCGGAAGGGAAGUGCAGAUAUACUGGUUGACUUUGAUAAUCUGUGUCCAUCAGAUAUAUUAUCAGCGAAUAACGAGGAGACUGACAGUUGUAGCAAAAAGGGCGCACUGGGAAAUUACCAAAUUUGUGGGAAAGAGGUUCCUCGUGGGUAUUGGAUGUAUUGUCGUGGCAGCAAGAAUGAUACCAGAGGUUUCAGUUGCGGUUUGUGGGUGUUGUUACACUCACUCUCUGUCAGAGUUGAGGAUGGGGAAAGUAACUUAGCAUUCAGAACCACAUGUGAUUUUAUUCACAACUUUUUCAUCUGUGAGGAAUGUAGACAACACUUUUAUGACAUGUGUUCAAGUGUAUCUAGUCCUUUCAAGAAAGCGCGUGAUUUUGCCCUCUGGUUAUGGAGUGCUCACAACAAAGUUAAUGAGAGACUAAUGAAGGAUGAAGCAUCACUAGGAACAGGUGAUCCUGAAUUUCCAAAAGUUAUUUGGCCUACAAAGCAGCUUUGUCCAUCAUGCUAUCUCAACCCAGACAAAACGAGCAAUGAAAAUAGUAAGAUUGAUUGGAAAGAGGACGAGGUCUUUAAGUUUCUGGUUAGUUACUACGGGAAAGAGCUAGUGAAUCUCUACAAGGACAAAGAACUGCAAGCACGUGGUGGGACCGAAAAAGCAGUUACCGAGGAGUUGGUAGCCUCAACAAAUGCAGUUGUGGUUCCAUUGGGAGCUGCACUGGCAAUUGCAGGUGCAAGCUGUGCAUUUGGAGCGCUAGCUUGCUUUUGGCGUUCUCAGCAAAAGAAUCGGAAGUAUAAAUAUCUCUACUCUUUGAAGAAUAUAUGACUUUUACUUAUGACAUCAUUCAAGUUGGUAUAGAAAAUCCAAUAUAAUUUUGAAGCAAAAAUUGAAAGUUGAAAGAAUUUUUAAGAGGUGGAAAGGAUAAUGGAGUUUGCGAUCAUUGGAGGUUGACAUUCUUGUUGUCUUAUUUUUCUCUUACGCUAACAUUUUCAGGCCAAGGAGGAGCUGGAACUGAGUGUGUUAAAUGGGACAGAUCUACACAUGGUGUAUAUUACAGAAACAAGUCAAACGAGGCUCGAUGUAGGAAACAAACUGAGAGGACUCUAAUGUGGAUCUCUACUGCUAGAGAUUUUAAAUACAUCUUUUUCAUUUUUCCCUAAUGGAGUGUACAGAUCUACUUGUAACAGAAAAAGAUGUUAUUUUGAGAACCUGCAUUUUGCUCCCUCAGCUAUUCCUUCCAUCUGGUCUUGGAUUCUUGAUUUUAUAGGUGGAGAAAUAUGCUAGAAUUUAAAUGUUGCCGGUUAUGAAUUGAGAAUGGUAGAUUCUAAAAUGUAUAUUUAACUUCAUAUAUU